AUCCCAAAGACAAAAUUGACAUUGGACUGCCUCCAUCUAGGGUCAUUCGGGCCCAACAGCUAAAGGAGCGGAAACAGUUUAUCCGGGAGCUUCGAGCCAAUGUGGAAGAAGAACGGGCAGCCCGCCUUCGCACAGCCAGCAUCCCACUGGAGGAAGUGCGGGCAGAGUGGGAGAGGACCAGUGGUCCCUACCACAAGCAGCGUCUCGCGGAGUAUUAUGGCCUCUACCAAGACCUGUUCCACGGUGCCACUUUUGUGCCCAGGGUCCCCCUUCAUGUGGCCUACGCUGUGGGAGAGGAGGACCUGGUCCCAGUGUAUCAUGGGAAUGAAGUGACUCCAACUGAGGCUUCCCAGGCCCCAGAGGUGACCUAUGAGGCAGACAAGGACUCCUUGUGGACACUACUACUUACUAACUUGGAUGGACACCUGCUGGAGCCGGAUGCUGAGUAUGUUCAUUGGCUGCUGACCAACAUCCCAGGCAACAGGGUUGCUGAAGGCCAGGAGACAUGUCCUUACCUCCCCCCCUUCCCUGCUCGAGGCUCUGGCUUCCAGCGCUUUGCCUUCUUGCUCUUCAAGCAGGACAAGCCAAUCGACUUCUCCGAGGACACCCGUCCCUCACCCUGCUACCAGCUGGCCCGUCGGACCUUCCGCACUUUUGACUUCUACAAGAAGCACCAGGAAGCCAUGACUCCGGCUGGCCUGGCCUUUUUCCAGUGCCGCUGGGAUGAUUCAGUCACCCACACCUUCCAUGAGCUUUUAGACAUGCGGGAACCUGUGUUUGAAUUUGUGCGGCCACCCCCUUACCACCCCAAACAGAAGCGCUUCCCUCACCAGCAGCCCCUGCGAUAUCUGGACAGAUACAGGGACAGCCAUGAGCCCACCUAUGGAAUCUACUGAGAGGCAGAGUUCAGGUGACUCAGAGGGUGAGCUGGAAGAAAGUCACGUCUCAGGAGACCCAAGCCAUCUGGAGCCCUGUCUGAGAUGGUCCCUUGUCUCCCAUCAGGACCAGGGCCUUGCUGGAAGGGGCUUCGAUUGUGUGUGAAUAAAGGAAUUUUUCCUCGUGCCAAUACAUACACACCUGUGGACACCAGAACCCCUCUAGUGAGGCUGCAGUGCUCUGUGGGUAAGAAGAGGGCGCCCUGCAGCCUAGGAGCUGGGGAUACACAUGAGAAGUGAAAUAAAUGGAAGUUUCCUGUC